UUGUUGUUAGGCUACUGCGAUGGAUUAUAUUUUGGGUUUUCAUGCCCAAUACAUGGUGUGACAGAGCUGUGGAGACAUUUAAGGAGGGGAGGGGCUUCCUUUGGCUGCCAAGGAAACAGGGGAAGGCUGGUUGUUUCCAGGGCGACCCAGAGAAGGAAAAGCCUUAAAAAGGGGUGGGAAGCCAGGGAAAGGGGUGGGGUGUAGUGGUAAAGAAAAAGACAGACAGGAAAGCCCAAAGAGGAAAAAAAAAAACACAAAAAGAAAGGAAACCAAGUGGGAGGUUAAAAACAGACAGAAGGAGUGGGAGAGAGAUGAGGGGAAGAAGGAGAAAGGGUCUCCAGUUUGAAAAAGACUGAAGAGCUCAGUGUCAGAGUACUCACUGAGUCACAACGAGCAUUACAUUUCUCUCUCUGUGUCUCUCUCCCCCCUCUCAUUUUCCUGAAUGAAAUGCAGGAGGACAAACUACAAAAAGGAGUACACACAAGAUAGGGCUUAAGUUGUGAAGCCAGAGCAGGAAGGAGUGAAGAGGAGUAACUCUGAUAUGGCAAAGGAAACAGAGGAUGGAGCAGAAUACCUUCAGGGGCACCUUUGACUGGACUUUUCCACAACCAUGUGCCCUUUACCUCAGCGCCUGCCAUGGAGCACCACAGUGAGAGAUCAAGCCUCUUUCUGAUCUGACUGAACUGACAGUGUUUGGGGAACCACACAGGGACCGAGCCCGAGGCCCGAGCCCGAGCCCGAGCCCGAGCGAGGAGGAGCAGGAGCAAGAGAGUGAGGGAUGUGGGGAUCACGAUGCCGGGCCCUGGGCACCGGCAGGAAGUGUUGCCUUCUCAGGUGGCUGAGUCUGAAGGUGUGCAGGAGGAGUACGUUCCUCUUCGCGGUCCUCUGGUUCGGCUCCUGGCUGCUCCUUAACGGCCUGUUGUUUGUACACAGGAAUAUGUUCUCAGAUGUCUGCACGGAUGACAAGAGCCGCAGAAUACUUCAUCGAGUGUGUGAGGAGUACCAGCAGGGUGUCCUGACGGGCGACCUGUGUGAAGACCUGUGUGUAGAGGGUACGGUUGAGUACAAGCGCUGCCUCUACUAUGAGAACGGCAAGAAGGUGAUGGUGGCGGACUGGCGUGGCGUCCCAGUGGUGCUGAAAUCUAAACUGGAGAACUUCUCUUCCUACGAGCCCUUUGGUUUCCUGGACUACCUGGACACCCCAGGGAACAUCAGGGUUCAAGAGGAGCUCACACCCUUGGAAGUGGUCCUUUACGCCACCCUGGAGAUCAAGAACUCCCUGGGUCUGGAGACCAACGUCAACAUGACACUGCCUCGGCUCUGGGGCCAGCGCGUGAGGGAACAGGGUUGGGUCUACACCCAGGCGGAGCUGGCUUCACUCUGGGCGCUGCUUCAGCAAGAGGAGUACACCUUCCUCCGGGUGCUGCAGGACCUGAGCCAGCACGUGGCCAAGGUGGUGGGCUCGUGUGGACACUUUUACGCUGUGGAGUAUCUUGUGGCCGGACAUGCCUGGGAUCAAAACAUCUUCUCUAUAGAUGAUUCGUCUGGCUUAGACCAAACCUCUUGGAAUGGAUAUGCGAGACCAGGGAUAGACAGGGACAGGAUACAUCGUAUUGCGCUCAGCUUCUUAGAUAUGGUCGGACACUUCGAAGAGGACUUUUCCCACCAUCUUCACCUUUGUGACAUCAAGCCUGAAAACUUUGCCAUCAGGAAAGAUCUUACAGUGGUGGCUAUAGAUGUGGACAUGGCUUUCUUUGAGCCCAAAAUGCAGGAUAUCUUAGAGCAGAACUGCACCAGUGACAGAGACUGCAACUUCUUUGACUGUGUCUCCAAGUGUGACACGCACACAAAAAAAUGUGGCUCAAAACGCAAAAACAGCAACCUGCAGGUGAUCUGUGAGAAGAUCUUCAGACCUUGGUUUUCUCCCACGGUCCUGGGUUCCAAGGCAGAGCUCCCCCUGCAGGUGGAACUACAGAGUGCGGUGCAGGAGUGUGCCGAGGGGACCGAGGGGGGCCUGGACGUGGAGUUUGGACGAGCCAUCAGGCAGCGCCUCUCUCGACUGCUAACGCACCUCCUGCAGGAGAGCGCAGCCAACAAACAGGCACACAUCAGAUCAGGACACCCUCACACGGCAUUGAACUUCUAAAGCUUUAGUCCAUCUGCUCUGUGUUCCUGGAGUUGUUAAAUUAUAUCCUAAUAGGAUGCAAUGGAAUAGUUAAGUUCAUUGCAUUUCUCAUUCAUUUCACAGUUUAGUAAAUGAUUAUAAAUACAGAUAAAUACACUUUUAAGAACUAAAAUGACUGGAAAUGUUGUAUAAAAUGCAAAGUUGAAUUGCAUGAGAAUGAGUGUUUUUUUUCUCGAGCAUUAAUACAAUACAAUUCUUUUGAC